CUAGAUUAGUUGAGCAGCAACAAGCUAGCUGUUCGGACGUGUGAUCCGGUCUGUUUAAUUGUUUAUACUCACUUUGUUUACGUUGUGUGCCUGAAAGUGGGUAAUAAUAACCUCUCGGGUGCAAUAAUCUCACUUCAAGUGUGAAUAGGACAUCGCGUACAAUGCAAGGUAAAGACGCUCACAGUUUAGACGCGGCGUACCCGACGCUUCCCAUGCAGGACACGACGCCUCGUACUGCGCCACCUCCGUAUACUGAUCACCCUCAGCCGCAAGCUGCAUACCCCCACCCGCCACAAGAUGCUAACACCGGGUACCCACACCCGACCGCCGGGUACCCGCAUCCUCAACCUGGUCCGACAGUGCACCCAACGGCGCCUGGAGCCACCGUGAUCACCGGACCGACCGUCAUCGUUCAAACAGUCGUGGGGCCAGAGUCUACCCGCACUACGUGCCGCAAUUGUAAUACCCAGAUAUCUACAAGGAUUGAUAGGAAACCGACGAUGAAGACGCAUCUCAUGGCGGUGUUACUCUGUGUACUUGGGUGCUGGUGCUGCGUGUGUGUGCCGUAUUGCAUGGACUCCUGCCUCGAUGUUGACCACUACUGCCCUAAAUGCGGAGCCUUUGUUGGGUCUUACGCACACUAAAGUCGCUUCACACUAUAGUUAAAGAAAUAUUGCUAUGUUCAAUGCUAUGUUUAAUACCAUAGUUGUGCUUGUCGCACUAUGAUCUAUCUCUACUUGAAGAGCCAUCUUGUGAGCUAAGGACGAACAAAUUUGUCGUUUUCAAUCUUACCCCAUCUCUGGUAUUUAUGUACAUAUAUUAGAAAAAGAUUCUUACAUGUUAUAGUAAAACCUAACACUAACGUAUUAUUAUUAAUUUGUAUUUGAUUUAUCAAAUCUAAAUAAGGCUGUUCGUACCUAAGGAUUAACAACAUGUUUUCGUCUUUACUCUACAAAAUUUCACGGGGUAAGAUGAAUAUACUAUGGUUUUUUAAAUCAAAACGUACGGUAUUUCAACCGCAUAAGCACGGUAUACCCCUGUACCGUGGGGUUAAGAGUAAAAUAAGUAGCUUAACCUUUUAAGCGUUUUUGUAUUGAUUGUCAGAUCCGAUAUUGUCGGAGCGAAGUAAAAUGUAAGAUUUAUAUGUGUGUCUAUGAAUUUAUAUAUGCAUUUAAUAAAUCAUUAUUACUAAAAAACGAUAAAUAACGUAAAAAAGGCGGAUUUAAUGCCAAUUACACUCCUGCAGCUGUAAUUGGUAAGUCAUAUUGUUAUUAAGAUGCUUCCGAUAAAUUUAGCCAUGUCGGUCCCCCCGUCAG